AUGCAGCAGUUCUGGCAAAUAGAGGAAGUUCCGGACGUUCCUAAAUUUUCUAUCGAAGAAUUGGCAUGCGAAGCCCACUUUUUGUCCUAUCAACGGGAUGAGAGUGGCAGGUUUAUCGUGAGACUUCCAUUCAAAGAAAAUUCUGACCAGCUAGACGAUUGUCGCGCUCUAGCACUGAAGCGGUUUUUAUUGUUGGAGAAGCGGCUCAUCCGCAACCCCGAUCUACAAUCGCAGUAUGUGGAAUUCCUCCGGGAGUACGAAGCUCUUGGACACUGCCAUGAAGUAAAUGAAGACGACGAUCCAUCGAACCAACUAGCGUACUACAUGCCGCACCAUGCUGUCCCAUCAAGUACCACAGUGAAAUGCCGAGUUGUGUUCGACGCUAGUGCCAAAUCAUCUUUAGCGGAGCUGUCCCUGAACGAUGUGCUGCAAGUCGGACCUGUGGUACAGAAUGAGCUACAUUUCAUCGUUCUACGUUUCCGAAAGUUCAAAAUAGCAUUUUCCGGAGACAUAUCUAAAAUGUAUCACCAGGUAAUACAUGCGAAGAAAGAUCAACGAUUCCUAUUCAUCUUCUGGAGACCUCACCCGUCGCAACCGCUGCGGGUCUUGGAAUUGUGUACCGUUACAUACGGUACAGCAUCGGCACCGUUUCUGGCCACACGGUGCUUGGUGCAACUAGUUGAAGAAGACGGCAAAGCUUUCCCAAUCGCUUCGCGCAUCGUAAAGGAAGAAACAUACAUGGACGACAUACUUUCCGGUGCGGAUUCGGUGGUGGAUGCCAAGUGA